CAGCCUCCUCUCACUGUUGAUGACCUUAAAUCUUGUGCUACUAUCGUUCAAGUCUGGGCGAUGUUUACCCUUAAGAAAGGAUCUAUAGAAGAAGGAAAGGAUGUCGAACAACUUGUUGCCCUUGUGGAAAAGAUUGGGAGGAAUUAUAUUACAUGGUCACUUAGCCCUGGUAUGCAGGUAAGUCAUAGUUACCUCUGGUAUAUCAAUACUAAUAAUAUUGUAUUCCCCAAGGAUGACUUCUAAGGAUCAGCAUUUUCUCCAAACUCUAACUGUUCUCUGCUUGACGCGAAUACCGCAGAAUGCAGCCUUAAACGAUGCAUAUCUUGAGUCAUCGUAUCCAUUGAUGCUAGACCUCAUAGCACCACUGUCAAUGAUAUCUCUUAGGAACGAAAUGAGGUUGCUACUCAUCUGUUUGGCUUCUGGGCCAUGGUUCCCAGAUCUUGCAAAACCUGAACUCUGGAUACGUACAAAUGAUACCAUGGACAUUGACGGGAUGUUAGGUGAACAGCAACUGGUGAAGGCAAUUUGUGGGGUUCAGGAAGGCCACGAAGUCCUUACUCGUCUUCAAGGCAACUCGGAAAUGCUUCAAUCCUGCCAGAGCUUUCAGUCUCAAAAGCCAAAAGCUUUAAGAGUCAUGUCGACGCUCCCUCACUGUCCCGAGCUCGAGAUCUGGCGAGGCCAUGCUAUUCUAAACACUUUCAAGGGAAAAGAGAGCAAUAGCCAGUCCCGCGAUGAAGCUCAAAGGCUAUCCUUCGAAUUAAAGACUGCGGCGCUCGACGCUCUGAUAGUACUAAGUACUCACUGCCCCGAGGCAAGAUCUACUGUAGAAUGCGCUAUCAGUUCAUUAAAUCUAGAUGAAGAGGCCGAAGAGACUAAAAGAGCUCUUUCUUAUUCUGUCCCGAUUGUGAUUCAUCUACUGAAGGAGUUGUUUGCUGCCCUGAUGCUGUAUCAAAGACAGAACGUCUUGAGAUCAAAUUUCUGAACCCUUUCAAGCGACUGAUCCCUACGUCAAUUACUAUGGAGUCUCGACUGGCGCUCCUCCAAGGGCUCUCUCGCGUGUUCAGUCACCUUGACUUUGUUGACGAAGAACAGAAACCUCUUGAUCUGAGGUCAUUUGACUUUGGCAAAUACUUGUUAAACCAAUUGUGCGACGGAAAUAAUACCAUCAG